AUGACGUUGAAUAUUGCCAUUAUUGGAGCUGGCCCAGCUGGCCUCACAUUAGCGAAGCUGUUGCAAAAAGCGACAAUAAGUUGUAAAGUGUUUGAAAAAGACACCGAUCGAUAUAGUCUAAGAAAUCGAGGCGGCUCGUUAGACAUUCACGCGGAUUCUGGACAACGCGCCUUGAAAGAGGCUGGUCUGUUCGAAGAGUUUAAGAAGCUCGCUAGGCCAGAGGGCGAAACUCUACGAAUCUACUCGCCCGAUGGCACCGUACUUAUGGACGAGAGUAGAGGUGACGCUGGACGACCCGGAGAGUUCGUCGACAGGCCUGAGAUCGAUCGCACGCAACUACGCAAUCUUCUCUUGGAUUCGCUAGCGCCUGAGACGGUGUGCUGGGAUUAUAGACUACUCAAGAUCCACCACAGCCAAGAAAACUCGAAACUAACCUUGACUUUCGCCAACGGCAAUGAGGAGCCCAACUUCGACCUUGUGGUAGGCGCUGAUGGGGCCUGGUCCAGGGUCCGAACAAGCCUGAGUGAAGUUGAGCCCUCCUACUCGGGCAUAAGCGGUCUGGCCUGCCGCAUCUCAGACGUGGAUUCCAGGUUUGGAAUGCUGUCUAAGCAUGUUGGACAGGGCAUGUGUCUCAACCUGGGAUCGGACAAGGGUCUUCUAUGCCAGCGAAACAGCGACGGCACAGUUCAGGUCUACGCCUUCGCCCGAUUACCGAAUGAUUGGCUCACGGCAUGCGGGAUUGACUUUACCCAUCCUAACGCGCGGCGAGAGGUGAUCGAUUCGCUUUUCUCAGAAUAUACACCCCUACAGAAGUCUCUGGUGCUUAACGGUGAUCCAGAUACUGUAGGUCGGCGGCUUCAUAUGCUUCCCGUGGGGUUUGAAUGGACUCAUAAUCCAAGAAUUACACUUAUUGGAGAUGCUGCGCAUCUAAUGACUCCGUUCGCAGGGGUAGGGGUUAAUUUAGCCAUGCAAGACGCAUUAGACCUUGCACAUACCAUUAUCGCGAAGGACACCGAGCCAGAAGACUCAUCAUCAUUGAGUGUAGGCCUCCAGAAGUUUGAAGUCGGAAUGUGGGCGCGCGCGAAGCAGAACGCAGAAGCCACAAUAAUGUACCAGGACCUAUUCUUCCAUAAACGCGGCGGCGUCGCCAUGGUGGAGCAUUUUGCGAAGAGGAGGCAGGAAGAUGAGCAGAAAACAGGACAAUCAAAUAAGCAUUAG